AUGUCGGGAACAAUGAGAGGAACGCCCAGUCGCGGGCAGGCACGCGGAGCCAUCCCUUUCGCAAACGCUCCCAGUCCAGCCGCAGCGUCGAAUAUCCCCAGACCCGUCCUCGAAACGCAUCCCAGCCACGCCGGCGGCCACCACGGCCCUGCCCCUAGCGAGGUUGCCUCCGGAGUCAGCGCCAGCAGGAACAAGCAGAGCAAGAAGGAUGAGGCCAUCCGUCGCAAACUCGAAAAUGACCUCAACAAGAAGAAGAACCUCACCAGCCGAGCUCGCCAUUCGCGAAAGGCACCGCCCGGCACCGUCCUGGCCCUGAAGCCCAGCCCCGCCCUCCAGAUCAAGCCCGGCACCACCGUCGCCGAAGCCGCGCAGCUGAUGGCUGCCAAGAGGGAGGACUGUGUCCUGGUCACAGACGACGACGACCGUAUCGCCGGUAUCUUCACCGCCAAGGACCUGGCUUUCCGCGUCGUCGGUGAUGGCCUGAAGCCCAACCACGUCACCAUCGCCGAGAUCAUGACCAAGAACCCCCUUUGCGCUCGUACCGACACCAGCGCUACCGAUGCUCUGGAGCUCAUGGUCAGGAAGGGCUUCCGACACCUGCCCGUCAUGGACGAGAACCAGGACAUCUCGGGUAUCCUCGAUAUCACAAAGUGUUUCUACGACGCCAUGGAGAAGCUCGAGCGAGCAUAUGCCUCCUCCACCAAGCUGUACGCUGCCCUCGAGGGUGUGCAAUCCGAGCUCGGUUCGAGCCAGCCCCAACAAAUCAUCCAGUAUGUCGAGGCUCUGCGAUCCAAGAUGUCUGGCCCGACACUCGAGUCCGUCCUGAACGGCCUGCCUCCCACCACCGUUAGCGUCCGGACGUCUGUCAAGGAAGCUGCCCAGCUCAUGAAGGAGAAUCACACCACGGCCGUUCUGGUCCAGGACCAGGGUGCCAUUACCGGCAUCUUCACGAGCAAGGACGUCGUCCUGCGUGUCAUCGCCCCCGGCUUGGACCCUGCCAACUGCAGCGUCGUCCGUGUCAUGACCCCCCACCCCGACUUUGCUCCCAUGGACAUGACCAUCCAGGCUGCUCUUCGCAAGAUGCACGAUGGCCACUACCUUAACCUGCCUGUCAUGAACGACCAGGGCGAGAUUGUCGGCAUGGUUGACGUGCUGAAGUUGACCUAUGCAACCCUCGAGCAGAUCAACACCAUAUCCACUGGCGAUAACGAAGGACCUGCUUGGAACAAGUUUUGGCUCUCCUUCGACAACGAGACCGAGUCCAUGGUCUCUGGCGAAGGCUCUCACCACCACACGGCCCUCUCUCGUUCAGUCAUGUCCCCCGACCACACCCGCGACCGCCUUAACGACUCGGUCGCCCCAGGUGACUCGGCUUCCCACAUUGGCAUGGAUUCUCCCGACUCUGUCACCGGCCCCCCUGAACAGUCCCCGUCCGACACCCCCUUCGCAUUCAAGUUCAAGGCCCCUAGUGGGCGUGUCCACCGUCUCCAGGUCGUUGCAGCUCAGGGCAUCGCUGCAUUGGUCGAGAGUGUCCUUGCGAAACUCGGCUCCGAGGUCGACGCAAUUGGCGGUGCGCCCGUCGUCCAAGAUGGCAAAAUUGGUGCCAGCGGUUUCGCGCUCUCCUACAUGGACGAUGAAGGCGAUACGGUCUCUAUCACCACAGAUCAGGAUCUCCUAGAGGCUAUUCUCCUCGCUCGUUCGAGUCAUCACGACAAGGUUGACCUGUUCGUCCAUGAUCCUUCGCAACCCCCCAUUACAGUCACCGCACCCCAACCUGUGCCAGAGCUUCCAACGCCUCCUGCUAGCUCUGCGGUGGCCAGUGACGUUCGCCGUCGUCGGGCUCCCGUCAUCGACGAGGAGGAAGACGAGAGCGAGGAAGAGGACUAUGCUCCCACCGUCCGCAGGCGCAAGACCGCGAGGAGUGGCGGCAACUCCCCUGCAGAGAAAGAGCUUAUUGCCGGCCUGCCAAAUGAGCUUAUCUUACCGGGUGCUAUCGUCACACUGGCUGUGGUCAUUAUUGGUGUGUUCACCAUUUCCAAAAUCACCAGCAGGUAG